GUAAAAAGGAAUAUUUUCUUAUUUGACACGGCGACAAAAUCCAACAGUGUUUUAUACAACUGAAAUCCCAGGAAAGAAACACCAAAAUGGUUUCGGUUUUGAACACGAUUGAUACGACGCAUGAGGAUAUGAUACACGAUGCUCAGAUGGAUUAUUAUGGUACUAAAUUGGCAACAUGUUCAUCUGAUAAAAAUGUCAAAAUUUUUGAAGUUCGAGGAGGUCAACAGACUCUUGUAGCUACCCUAUCUGGCCAUGAUGGACCGGUUUGGCAAGUAGCUUGGUCUCAUCCUAUGUUUGGCUCUCUUUUAGCUUCAUGUGGAUACGAUCGUAAGGUUAUUGUUUGGAAAGAUACAAAUGGAAGUUGGUCGAAACUGCAUGAAUAUAGCUCUCACGAUAGUUCAAUUAACUCCGUCAGUUGGGCUCCUCAUGAAUUAGGCAUUAUGUUAGCUUGUGCCAGUUCAGAUGGUAGUAUUUCAAUUAUUAGCACCACGGGAGAUGGAGCAUGGGACUCGAAGAAAAUUAAUAAUGCCCAUACAAUCGGUUGUAACACCGUUAGUUGGGCACCCGCGCUUACGCCAAACAGUGUACUAGGAGGUCAAAAUCAAGAGAGUUAUGUUAAAAGAAUUGUAAGCGGAGGUUGCGAUAAUAAUGUAAGAAUUUGGCGGCAACACGACGGCGAAUGGGAAGAAGAGUGCAAGUUAGAUGGUCAUAGCGACUGGGUGCGAGACGUAGCAUGGGCCCCAUCUAUAGGAAUUGGAAAAGAUAUGAUCGCUUCAUGUGGACAGGACUGCCGAGUGUUGAUUUGGACAAAUGAAGGAGAUUCAUGGACCUCAACGACUUUAAAUACAUUUUCGGAUGUUGUAUGGCAUGUUAGUUGGUCAAUGAUGGGUAAUAUGUUAGCUGUAUCUGGAGGUGACAAUAAAGUCAGUGUAUGGAAGCAAGAAUUAAACGGAGGAUGGGCUUCGGUAUCAGACAUGUCAGACAGGGAUUAG